AUGGCCUCCGGGCGGCAUAUAGACUCAGAGUCGCCUAUGUUUUUUGGGUACUCGUUUGGCGACGACUUUCCUUUCCUCCAGAACGCCCCCGAACCAGCACCCGGCGCCCCGCUCCUCUCCGACACCGAGCAAAAUGACCUCAAUAAUUGGUUCGAGAUUAUGAAGUCCGACGACCGCAUAAACGACAACGUCACAGGCAAUGCCAUUCACUCAGAAAACUGGAUUGACAUCCCCCAAUUCGUAGGAUCGUCUUCGUCGUUUGGCCAACCCCAGGACCUUCAGCACGCGUCUCUGGGCAACCAUGUCUUGCCCCAAGAUGUUUUCGACAACCUACCAAUGUUUGGGUCUGGGUCUGGGCAAAUGUCUUCUUCGCGCCUGGCGCCCCACCAAGCGGCGAUGGCAUCCGCUUCUCGAUCCAACUCUUCACCCGCCCUCCCUCUUCAUAUUGCUUCCGGCUCGGGGCAGUCGUUUGUGUUACCGGGGGCAAACGUUGGUGUCGACCAGUCUCCAUCCGAUGAUGUCGUUGCAGCUGCCAAUACACUCUUACUGAAUGGGCAACACGGCACACGCCAUUCUAGCUUUAACUACGGCCAGCGCCUCCAUAUGUCCCAACCACACCAGAGUAUCAGCGACUUUGCGCUAGCACCGGACUCGUCGCAAUCGAUUGCAACAUCUGCCGCAUCGCCAUCGGCAUUGCUACCGCCCGUUGGCCACAUUGGUGGCUCACAACUUGGUGGCUCACAACUUGGUGGCUCACAACUUGGUGCGGGGCGCUUGUCAACCUCCCCAAGAGCACCAACCCGCGCGGGCAGUGACCUAGGCUCUUUGCAAACUUCCAGUCUGAUCUUCUCGGCCGACGGAACUGCCGCUCAACAAGUGGCCCUCUCACCCAUGGCGCCAACAGUGCACCGGCAAGGGCUGCUAUGGGGCACAGAUCAAAGUUUUGCACAGAAACAAUUUACACCUCGGUCUGACAAGGAGACGACUGAGGCUUUAAUGAGCGUUCAUUUUAAGUCUAUGGAGUGUUUGGAGCCAAACCACAGUACAGGCGCAACUCGGCCGUCGUCUCCAACGUAUGAAUCUUCAUUUACAGCAUUGAAUUUGAAGACACGAACAGCAUCAUCUUUGGGUGACGUCGAUGCAAACGGACAACUUGCCAUGGCACCGCCGCGUAAGCGACGGAAGGGAAAAGGCACAAAGAGUGAUGAGGCCGAUCAGGACAUCGACGACAAGAGUACGCUGUCGGCCAACGGUGUUGCAGGGGAAGGUGACGGUGACUCUGCGGAUUUUGGCGCCGGGUUUACGAAGAACGGAAAACUGCGAAAACGCAAAGCAAAGACUGCUACAAACGGCCAUCCUCCAUCCCAAGCUUCUGCAUCCCCGCCAAACCUGCUCCCGGCUGCCGCCGACCCAACAUCUGUGGACGACACCGGCGCCAAUGGCGGUGGCGCGGGCUCUACACCAAGCAAGCGCCGACGAUCAGCUGCCCCCACCAAACCACCUCGCGAGAACUUGACCGAGGAACAGAAGCGCGAAAACCAUAUCAAGAGCGAACAGAAGCGCCGUACCCUCAUCAAAACUGGCUUUGAAGAUUUGUGCAUUCUUGUGCCGGGACUGCAGGGCGGUAACUUGAGCAAGAGUCUUGUUUUGACAACGGCUGCCGGUUGGUUAUCGGAUCUCCUGGAGGGAAAUAAAAGGCUGGAACACCAGCUCCGUUCCAUGCCAAACACUGCCUUUGCAAGAUAG